UUGUAACACUCCGCCGCCGCCGAUGUGGAUCCGUGGCGCCACCGAACCCGGACGCUGCCGGCUCCGGCGGCGCCGUUAACCGCCUGACAGACGCGGCGCCGGGGCGAACCGCGCGUCGUUUCGCGUGACGUCAAAAGAAGUUGUUGUGUUGACAGCGCCCGGCUAGCCUGAUGCUAGCUAGCCCUGUUGCGUCGGGUCCCCCCGCAGACUCGCGUGGUUUCUGGAGGUGCGCUGGCCGUCUGUCCCCCGUGCUGGGUAGCGUACAGGGUCCAGACAUGCAGGACCGGUACAGCGACAUUGGGUUCGUCCAGCAAAUACUCGGGUUGAAUUUAGUGCCGAGGAAAAAUGGCUCGCACCGAGGAAACGACACGUCCCUCGACGACUUCUCAGCGUCUUGCGCAACGUGCUUUGCCGUGUGUUUGUCCAGAGAUGUGGUACGGCGUGUUCCUGUGGGCCGCCGUCUCCUCGCUGAUCUUCCACCUGCCCGCGGUUCUGCUGUCCAUCGCCACGCUGCGCCAGCACAAGAUGGCCCGGUUCAUGCCCAUCGCCAUCCUCCUCAUGGGCCUGCUCGGACCGGUUUUCGGGGGGAUGCUCACCAGUGCAGCCAUAGCCGGCGUGUACAAGGCGGCGGGAAAGCGGAUGAUCUCGUUGGAGGCCCUGGUGUUCGGUGUGGGCCAGUCCUUCUGCGUCCUCAUCAUCUCGUUCCUCCGGGUCCUCGCCACCCUCUAGCAGCAGCGAGUGGUACCCGGGACGCGUGUCCUGGUGUCCUGCUGGCGGAGUGGAUUCUGGUUGCUGGUCGUCCGUGUGACGCCUCCGCCGGAGGACGGCGCGAUGCUGCGUGACCCUUCAGUCGUUCCUGCACCAUGUGGAUGCUGUUAUCUCCCUGUUGCCAGGGGCUACGGGUUAACAGCUGGACGACACUAACCUAAUCUCAGGGUGUGUGUGUGUGUGUACUCCAUGCAAUGACGGGGUCGAGAACACAAGGGUUAUAUGCAAAGAUUCUGGCUUUUCCCCUCGAGGCCUUAACUUCUAUUUUCUAACUUCCAAAGUGGUGUUUUCUCUUCAGGGCAGUUUGUUCUUCACCACGGUCUCUCUCGCUGCUCCUUUUUGUUCCUCCUCGUGUUUUUGUUGAGUCUAAUUGAAACCUGACUGCCUGCGUGUUGUUGUUCAUUCCAGUUAGUGGGAAACUUUGUACACAAGUUGAUUCAAAACGAGCAUCAAGUGAAGUUUUUUCCUUUUCUUACGAUCCUUUUUAUGGCACAUGCAGCGUAGAGAAUGUCACUGAUUCAUCGGAGUAGAUGGGGGGGGGUCCGUUCACUAAACGAGAGCUUCCCUCCUCUCUGUGAUUUUACAGGUGUCUCAUUUUGUCACACUGAAUGGAUUUUUACAUAUUCUAAAUUAUUUCCAGGUCUUUUAUAGCUUUUUUGAAUCCUCAUGACCAAAUGUUUCUGCGGUACACUGAACAAAGAACUCAAUCCACAUACAAGUUUUCAUUAUUGGCCUUUGAUUUUACAUUCAGCGUCUUUGUCUCACUUUAACGCGUCGGGUCGUUUCUACACAAACAUCAGCCGCACAGAAUUUCUUUCUUUUAUUUUCAAUUGAAUUUCAUAAACGUGUACUGAUUGAUUUUGCCGUCUGUCACACACAGAAUGUUUCUUCCCUUGUAGUUUGUGCGCGUUCCCUCCGGACAUUGUGUUCACGCCGCCGUGGUCUUAGUUAAUCCCACGAGCCUCUGCAACUCGACGCAAGAGCAAACGCUGGAUCUUCUCAUCCCCUCGGAGAAUACGUGCAACCCUCCGACAUCUGUCAUAGCAGCACGAGUCAGUCAGGACUGUCCCGCGCGGUGCGGAUGUGCAGAAGGAGAAAAGGAGGUGCAGACUGGGCCCGUCCCAGUUUAUUGGAUCCCCAACAGAGCGCAGUUCCUCAGCUCACCAGCAGGACGUCGGGUCACUGAGGAGUCCACUGAGCCGCUAAACUCUUGAUUUUGAAUCAUUAUUAUGCUCAUUGUUGCAGAGAACGGCUUCCAUCCUCAAGCAUUUAGCUUUGGACGCUCCUGUGAUGUUAGAGUAGUAAAGUGAUGGAAUUGGUGGAAGUCGCGUGUGAGCGUCUGCUGUGAUAGAACCUCUUUAUUUCCACAUUCCUGCACCGCUUCUGUUCAGUUUUAACCAGAUUUUAAAAGUUGAUUUUAAUCAGAGUAAAUUAAGUGCCAAUGGUUUAUUUAUUCUUUUUUUUCUGGAAUAAAAUAGUUUCCUCUAUGA